UCCUGCCGCCUUUAAUUUGCCCCUGGCGCCACAACCAGCCUUUUCACUUGGUAGCAGUGGUUGUCGGUCCUUUUCCUCCUCCAUCUGAGCUGAAGCUCCUGACGGAAUCCAGCGGAGGACAGAGAUGGCAGUCUGCCCAGAGCCCUGCCUCCCCGCGUGUGUGCUCACGCUCCUGCUCCUGCAGCUGCCCGGGCUGGAUUCUGCUCACUUGGACGUGAUCGGUCCCCCGGAGCCCAUCCUGGCCGUGGUGGGAGAGGCCGCGGAGCUGCCCUGCCACCUGUCGCCGACCGCGAGCGCAGCGCACAUGGAGCUGCGGUGGUUCCGGGAGAAGCUGUCGCCCGCGGUGCUGGUUCACCGAGACGGGCGCACGCAGGACGCGGAGCAGAUGCCCGGGUACCGGGGCAGAGUCACGCUGGCGCAGGACGACAUCGCGCAGGGCCGCGUGGCCCUAAGGAUCCGCGGGGUCCAGGCCUCGGACGACGGGGAGUACAGGUGCCUCUUCAGGCACAACGACAGCUACGGAGAGGCCAGCGUGCGCCUGAAGGUGGCGGCUCUGGGCUCUGAUCCUCAUGUCCACAUAGAUGUUCAAGAGAGUGGGGAGACCAGGCUGCAGUGCACCUCAGUGGGAUGGUACCCAGAGCCCCAGGUGCAGUGGAGAGCUCCCGGGGGAGAGACGUUCCCAUCCGUGUCCGAGUCCAGGAAUCUUGAUGACAAAGGCCUGUUUGCUGUGGCGGCUUCCGUGGUCAUCAGGGAUACCUCUGUGAAGAAUGUGUCCUGUUGUAUCCAGAAUACCCUUCUUAGCCAGGAGAAGGCAGUAGAGGUUUCCAUACCAGCUCCCAUCUUUCCAAAGCUGACUCCCUGGAUGGUGGUUGUGGCUGUCAUCUUGAUGGUCCUAGGAAUUCUCACCAUUGGGUCCAUAUUCUUCAUCUGGAGGCUAUACAAGGAAAGAUCCAGCUACAGGAAGAGUGAAUUCAGCUCUACAGAGAAACUCCUGGAACAGCUCAACUGGAAAAAGGCUACUCUGCAUGCAGUUGAUGUGACUCUGGAUCCAGACACCGCCCACCCUCACCUCUUCCUGUAUGAGGAUUUCAAAUCUGUCCGGCUGGAAGAUUCACGUCAGAAACUGCCCGAGAAACCAGAGAGAUUUGACUCAUGGCCUUGCGUGUUGGGUCGGGAGGCCUUCACCUCGGGGGCACAUUACUGGGAGGUGGAGGUGGGAGACAGGACCGACUGGGCAGUUGGGGUGUGUAGGGAGGACGUGGUGAAGAAAGGGUUUGACCCCAUGACUCCCGAGAACGGGUUCUGGGCUGUGGAGCUGUAUGGAAAUGGGUACUGGGCCCUCACCCCCCUGCGGACCCCUCUCCCACUGGCAGGACCCCCCCGCCGGGUUGGAAUUUUCCUGGACUAUGAAUCAGGGGACAUCUCCUUCUACAAUAUGACUGAUGGCUCUCAUGUCUAUACUUUCCCCAGUGCCUCUUUCUCUGGCCCCCUCCGGCCCUUCUUCUGCCUAUGGUCCUGUGGUAAAAAGCCCCUGACCAUCUGCCGGAUCACUGAUGGGCUUGAGGGAGUCACAGUAGCUUCUGAUGUCAAGGACCCUUCUAAGGAGAUCCCACUGUCCCCCCUGGGAGAGGAUGCAGCCUCUGGGGACACCCUCCAUUCUAAACUAAUCCCCACCCAGCCCAGCCAAGGGCCACCUUAAGGAACCUCCCAGCUCAGCUCUUUCCCUUCACUCUGCCCCCUCUCUGCACCACCCCAAGGCUGCAGCUGUCAGCUUCACCAGCCCCCCUUUCUUCCUGUGGGUCAGGGAUCAAUUUGUCCUGGGAAGGUUUUGUUUCUGCUGCUACAGAGUGUGGGGUGUAGGACCUAAUCUGUUUCUGGCCCAGUAUUCAGGGGGCAGGGAGCUGACUCUUCAACUGCUCUGGUCUCCUGUCCCUUGAAGCCAAAUCCUAUAGGGAGGGACUUGGAAGGAACCAGAAGGGACAGCUCAGGGAUGCAGAUGGGUUAGGUUGGCAUGUGAUUAUGACCAAAACACCCUGGUGUCCAGAAUAGGGCAUGUGAGGAACAGGUUUUAGGCAAGCAAAAACCCCAAAGCAUUCUGGGAACGGAAGGUCCAAGGCUGAACUCCCAUAAAGACAGUUGGCGAGGACAUCAUGAUGGAGGAAAGUGAGGUGACCCAGGCAAGGAUGAACGCCUGGCCUGUCCCUAGCAUUUUAGGGCCUGUAUCGCACGUUUUGCAAAUCAUGUCCUACAGGGCUGGGGAAGCUAGCCCCACUUCUGUGGGAUCUGAGCUACUGGCAAUAGGGAGUGAGGUGAAAUGCGCAGGCCUAGGAGUCACACAGAAGUCAUGACAGAGCAGAGCACGACCUAGACGAAGCUCAGAGUCGUGUGCACGGCCGUGCUGUGGGCCCUCCUCUCUCUGCACCACUUGUUGCUCCUUUCCUGGGGUUGUUCCACCCUCAUUCUGUGGACUCCACAAGCUUCCUGUUCUCUUUCUCCUCAUGAGCUAGAAUCUCCCCACAUCAGAGGCAUGUCUAGGAAUGCCUCAGUGAUACCACCACUUCCUCGGCUCCUGUCUCAGCCUCACAC